ACGACAAGUAGACAACGCAGUAAACGCAUUGGAGAUCAAUCAAGAAAAUCUGAUAAUGGAAGAAGUGAAGAAGACGAAGAUGAAUAGAAAAGCAAAAGCAGCGUUUGAAAUGAAGCAUGAAGAGUUAGAGAAAGCUUUAAUGGCAGUAGGUACACUUCUUCUGGUUGCAGGUCUGAAGCACGUCCUCGCUUCUCUGCUUGAGAAAUGGCGAGCUUUGGCUUUCUUUUUUCUAAACCUUCUUCUCCUCUCCAUCUUCUUCAUGUCCCUACGCUCUGAUGAUUCCGGUAACCUAAGCAAGGACACUCAUAGGAUCCAGACGGUUAGUAAGCCGAAGAAACAGAGACGAAAGAGAAGAUGCCAUUGUUCGGUAUUAGAGGUGGAGAAGGAGCUUCAACAUAGCUCCUCCUGUACUCGCUCUAGUAGUACUAGUGUUAGAGAAGCCUCAAUCGACGACGAUGACGGAGGUGAUGAUGGUGAUGCUGGUCCCUGCCUAUCAAAGGAGGAGCUGAACGCCAAGGUGGAAGCUUUCAUUACAACGUUUAGGCAGCAAUUAGCAUUGGAUGCAAAGGGGAUGGUGGGCAGACGCUACUAUGCAUCAUCGCAAGGAGGGAAUUCCUACUCGUAUUUAAUUUCAAACUAAUGAUUUCCAGAUUUUUAGUUUUCCCCGAGCUAAUCCAAGACCUUUUGUAGAAGAAAAUCCCGGAAAUCCGUAUUCAUUUAUUCAAAAUUUGCUUUGCA